AUGUCUUUUGCAGAGCUUGGAAGAGAAUUAUUCCAAGCUCUAGUACGACGUCGAAGGUUUAGAAGAAGGCUUCGUCAGGGUUUAUGCAGACGAAGGGUUUUAGGGCAAGAGUUUGAAAAUCACGUAGAGAUUAUUUGCCUUGGAAGCACAGGAACAAUUCUCAAAUCCGUAACAAAUUCUGCAAAUGAUCAGUCAUUCACAGUCUCUUACCUCAUAAACUCAUGUGGGUUUCCUCUAGAAAAAGCUCUCUCAGCUUCAAAGUACAUGAAUUUUGAAACCCCUAAUAAACCUGAUUCAGUGCUUGCCUUCUUUCGAAACCAUGGGUUCUCUGAAACCCAGAUCUCAAAUCUCGUCAAAGGAUUCCCUCCAAUCCUACUAUGUGAUCCGGAGAAAACCAUUUUGCCCAAAUUCCAAUUUUUUACAUCUGAAGGCGUUUCAAGCACUGACCUUGCCAAAAUAUUAACUCGAGCACCAAAUAUUUUGAAAAGAAACUUGAAAAAUCAAAUCAGCCCAUCUUUCAAUUUAUUCAAAAAUUUACUGCAGUCACAUGAAAAAACAAUUGCCGCCUUGAACUAUGAUGGUGGAUUAUUAUGCUGUGGUUUUCAAACUAGUUUGCUGCCAAAAAUUGAAAUUUUGCGGGAUAUGGGAGUUCCCGAAUCGAAUAUUCUGGAUUUGCUAAUGUUCCGCCCUAGAGCGUUCUUGACGAGUAUUGAAAGAUUCAAAAAUAUUGUGGAGGAAGUUAAAAAAAUGAGGUUUAACCCGCAGAGAAGAAAGUUUGUUACGGCAAUUCAUGUACGUGCAAUAAUGAAUAAAUUAAAGUGGGAAAAGAAGGUGGAAGUGUACAAGAGGUGGGGUUGGUCUAAGGAUGAGAUUUUGGUUUGGGAAGAAUCCGUGGUGUAUGGCAGUGUCUGA